AUGGAUAAGAUGCUAGCUAUUACUAUCAUAUUUGGUAUAUUGAUAUUGUGUUCUUCAGUUCUUCAUUCCUUCGGUAGGGAUAUUAUCUCAGAGCGCAAUGGGCUUAGAGAUGGAGAAACUCUUGUUUCAUCCGGAAAAAGAUUUGAACUGGGGUUCUUUACUCCUGCAGGAAGUUCUGAUAAUCGAAGAUAUGUGGGAAUCUGGUAUUAUAAAACAUAUCCAACAACAGUUGUGUGGGUUGCCAAUGGAGAUUCCCCACUUACAGAAACUGGUGGAGUUUUUUCUGUAGAUUAUGGCGAUCUUAAGGUAUUGGAUAAAUCUGGAAAACUUUACUGGCACACAAAUCUUGAUGGACCUUCAAAUCCAAAAUUCCAUCUGGACGCGAAGCUCAUGGAUUCUGGAAACUUGGUUUUGAGGAACCAGUCGAAAGUGAAUAUAUGGCAAAGCUUUGAACAACCAACUGAUACAUUUAUUUCGGGUAUGAAGAUGCACGACAACCUUACGCUGACCUCAUGGGCGAGUCAAAUUGAUCCAAAACCUGGAAACUUCACAUUGAAGCGAUAUCAAGAAGAUGUGAAUCAACUCAUCAUCAAUCGAAAUGGCUAUAUCGCUCAUUGGAGAAGUGGGGUUUCAGGUUCCACUGCUUCAUCUGGUAAUUCCUUGGGCGGUACCCUUGCUAAUGCACUAACUCCUCUAGUGACUUUUCUUAAUAGGGUCGUGGGAUCAGCCCUACUGCAUUCAUUGCUGAUGAUCCCUCAUGUCCCAUUUGGUGGGAUAGUACUCAUUAAGGUGUGCCAAGGUUAA